CCUGUUGAUCAGAGGCAAUAGCCUAGAACUUCAAGGGUGACUUUCCCUUCAGUUAUAUAAGGGAUGGAUCCCGCCCCCUUACACCUCUUUAUGAGGUCCCAUUCUCACUAGUAUAUCCCUUCAUGAGAGACGUUUUACUUAAACCUCCUCAAGGUAUUAAUUAAUAAUUAUUUCAAAAAAUAAAAAAUAAAAUAAAAAAUACACAAUGGAUUCAAACGAUUCCUCCACCACAGAUGUGGAAAGGCCUUCCACCAAGGCUAGCAGUAGCCACCCGGACAACCAAGUCAAGUAUGGACCAGUCAACCCUCCCGGUUUGGCUCGUCGUCCUACGAAUCCUUUAACCCGUAAUGCCACCAAGGAGACGAUUCGAGAUCCUAACUUAGAUGUGAACUUACCGUACCGAACGCUCUCCAACGAAGCCAACCUUACAGAAUACACUACAGAAACAGAACAAGGACAAAUACCUGGACCACUAGAACCUGAUGGAGAGCACCGUUACAAACUCGUCACCUUCGUCCCGAACGACCCUGAAAAUCCUAAGAACUGGUCUAAGGGGUACAAGUGGUAUUGUACUAUGGUCGUGGCCGCUACUUGUUUCGUCGUAGCUUUCUCGUCCAGUGUCGUCACCGCGGAUAUUGUUGGUGUGGCCAAAGAGUUUAAUGUCAGCGACGAGGUCGCGUUACUCAGUAUCACUUUAUUCGUCGUCGGUUUUGGUAUUGGUCCAAUGAUAUUCGCCCCUCUAUCCGAAAUCUAUGGAAGACAGAUUAUUUACGGCACGACACUAUUGGUCGCCGUCGUUUUCAUUAUCCCUGGUGCCGUCGCGAAGAAUAUCGCUACUCUCCUAGUCGCUCGUGCAAUUGAUGGCAUUGCCUUCUCUGCGCCGAUGACACUUGUCGGCGGUACGCUAGCUGACUUGUGGAGAUCCGAGGAAAGAGGUAUUCCUAUGGCUGCUUUCUCCGCUGCCCCUUUUAUUGGUCCUGCUAUCGGUCCGCUCGUUGGUGGUUUCCUAUCUGAUGCCGCUGGCUGGAGAUGGCUAUACUGGAUCCACUUGAUUAUGGCCUUCAUCGUCUGGGUCUUGAUCACAUUCACCGUACCCGAGACAUACGCACCCACCAUCCUAGCCAGGAGAGCCAAGAAGUUGCGCGCAGAGACCGGCGAACAAGACUACGUCACAGAAGAGGAUAUCGACAAGCGACCUUUCACUGAGCGUCUGGGAAUCUUCUUGAUCCGACCCUUCCAGCUUCUAUUCGGUGAAUUGAUCGUCUUCUUGAUCAGUCUAUACAUGUCCGUCCUCUACGGUCUGCUAUACAUGUUUUUCGUCGCCUUCCCCAUCAUCUUCCAAGAAGGCAAGGGUUACUCCGCCGGUAUCACCGGUCUCAUGUUCAUCCCCCUAGCCGUCGGCGUCGUCGCAUCCGCCGUCUGCGCACCUUUAGUGAACACACACUACCGAAAGCUGAUUUCCAAAUACAACGGCCUGCCCCCACCAGAGCUGCGUCUAAUCCCCAUGAUGUGCUCCUGCUGGUUCAUCCCAAUCGGCCUCUUCAUCUUCGCCUGGACCUCGUACCCGCACCUCAUCUGGGUCGGACCCGCAUUCGGCGGUUUCCCCAUCGGCUUCGGCUUCAUCUUCCUCUACAACUCCGCCAACAACUACCUCGUCGACGCAUACCAGCACCAAGCGGCCUCCGCCCUCGCCGCCAAGACCUGCAUCCGGUCCUUCUGGGGCGCCGCCGUCGUUCUCUUCACCACCCAGAUGUACGCGCGGCUCGGCUACCAAUGGGCCAGCACGCUCCUCGCCUUCAUCAGUCUCGCGUGUUGCGGUAUCCCCUUCUUGUUCUGGACGUACGGCGAGAAGAUCCGCCAGCGCAGUAAAUACGCGUACGCCGGCGAGGACGACGAGAAGCUCGCGGGCGUGAGCAAUGGCCCGCUUUCCCGUGAAGACGAUUCCGAGGACCAGGAUUUACGUCGUGCUAGGAGUUAUGUUAGUAAUCCUUGAACGGCCGUCUUGGUUAAGGGCAAAAACACAUUUACAUACGGAU